AUGGAGGUUAACGGAGACAAACAUGAAAAAAACCUUGUGAAGCUCAAAUGUUCGGUUCAAAACUACGAUUGGGGUCGAAUUGGCUACGAUUCGAGGGUUGUCAGGCCGUUUGAAAGGAACUGUGGGGGUCAAAUUAAAGAAAACAAGCAUUACGUUGAGUUUUGGAUUGGUACUCAUGUCUCCAGAUCCUCGUUUUUUGAAGAGACUGAUAAUCGCGGGGCUGCUCAAGCAGCUUCUCGACUACUUGCUUCUGCUCCGGCAAUGAAUCACGAAGGGAAAGGGGAAGGUUGGUCUGAGAGGAUCAAGGAAGCAGCAACAAGUCAGGUGCAGGGGAGAUGCGAAGGAGGCUGUUGCCUUCUUGACUGUCGGAAAACUCCACCUCCAGUGGAGAUUUAUUAA